UCAGACACAAUUUAAAGUACAACAAAAGAAUGUUUUUUCUUUUCGUAUUCUUAAUUCUACAAGUUUUUACAUGCAAAGUUUUGACGGCACCGACAGAAUCUCAAACUAAUCCAGUUGGUGUUAAUGAUGUCGCUUUCAUAAAAUUAGGAACCUACAUACAAACAUGCAAAAGGCAGCUCAAAUAUUUUUAACGUGUCUCAUCUUGUGUAGUUGCAAGACUAUUUUAACACUUUCAAUGAUAGAAAAACAAGCUGAUUCCAUCAUUGUAGAAGACGUCGCAUUUAUUAAGCUAGGAACAUACAGAGGAUUCACAGAUGCCGGUGUUGAAUAUCAGAAAACAUUUCUUCUCCAAAGAUAUUCAUCAGCACCAUGGGCUGAGUCAAAAGCAAUCUGUAAAGCAUUUGAUUUAGAUUUAGUUUCUUUCGAGACUCUUGUCGAGUCUCGUGCGUUCCUUAAUAUGCUUGAUACUAAUAGUGCUCUAAGAACAUUAGCAAGUAUUUCGGUUUGGUCAGAUGGGAUUACAUUAUCAUCAAUUGGUUCAACUACUGACUGGUAUUGGAGUAAAACAGGAAAGAAAAUAUCGUUUUCAAUCGAUUGGUUACCAAAUCAACCAAACGGAAAUAAUGAUCAACAGUAUUGCAUGUGCAUAGCAAGACAUGAUUUUAGCUCAACAUUAAAGUUUAAUGAUUGUUUCUGCUAUGGUGCUUAUAGAAUUGCUUGCCAAAGAACCCAAUUCUUUUUAUCUUGAUAUGUUAAGACUUAAAAUUAAUAAAGAACAAUAAUUUUUAUGACUUUUUCAAUUUAUUUAAUCUUAUUCUUGUUAAUAAUUUAUUUCUAGUGAUUCGAACUAAUUGAAACAGUUUCCAUUGUCUUUGAAGGCAUAAAAAAUUCAAUUUUUUGACAUAAAAAUGAAAAAACAAUUUCUGAACAUGGAGAAUCAUUAAAUCCAAAUCUAGAUGUCAAAGUUGAUCUACCAAAUGAAAGACACAAUUCAUUUAAGUUAUUAAUAUUGUUUGGUUCACCUGGCAUCCAUGGUAAUGCAUAUGAAAUCUUUUGUCCUGUUUUUGUCCAAUACCAAUCUGUUGUUGAUUUCAAUGUCAAAGUCAUAGCGUCAACUAAUAUGAAGACUGAAUUAAUUGUUUUUAAGUAGCUAUUAUUUUCAGCCAUUGUGAAAACUGCUUCCGCUUCUGCAAGUGUCUCAAAUAUUGUUAAUUCAAAAUCAUAUGAAUUGCAAACUGCUCUAGAUUCAAUCCAUGGAGUUUUCAUCAAAUGUCUAGGAAAAAAGUAGGAUUUUUGGUAUUCAGCGCCAUUG